AUGCUGCUGCAUGGUGGCGAGUUCGGCAGCAGCAGAGCUGCGUUUGAUGCAGACCCUGACAGCGUCAUCGUGUCUCUCAAACUGGGUCAUUUCCAUUUCAGUGGCAGCAGUCUAGUCUGAGAAGAUGUGGUUAUCACUGCAGCUCACUGCGUGGCCGACUUGGAGCAGAAGUUCCUGGGGAGGCUGGUGGUGACGGUGGGGGAGCACCACCUCCGGCAGGUGGACCAGCAGGAGCAGAGCAUCCCUGUCUCACCCGUCACCAUCCACCCAGAGUUCAACAAGCAGCACUAUGUGGACUGCGAUGUGGUGGUGCUGCGCCUGCAGCGCCCGGCGCAGUGCGGGGAUGAGGUUCACCCCAUCUGCCUUCCCCACAGAGAUAAGGACUUUGAGGCUGGGAUCCUGUGCGUGGCUAGUGGCUGGGGCAAAGUGUCAGAGGGCGAAGAGAUGAACCUGCUGCCACUGCAGCAGAGCUCCAUGCUGUGUGCUGGCUUUCCUGAUGGUGGGAAGGAUGCCUGCAAGGGUGACUCUGGAGGCCCCCUUGCAUGCAUGAGACCCAGUGGUGCCUGGACCCUGGCUGGUGUGGUGUCCGGGGGGGUUGGCUGUGCAAGGGGCUGGAAUACCCCAAAGAGGUGCACUGUGGCCUUGGGCUCCCCAGGCAUCUUCUCCCGGGUGGCUGCAUUUCUGGACUUCAUUGCUCAACACGUGACACCUGCUCAGUGCAGUUCCCAAGGCAUACUGGUUUUCGGAGAAAGUGGUCAUGUUCAAUAUCCCCAGUCUUUGGAGGAUAAUUACCCUGACAACAGCCUGUGCAUCUGGAAUAUAACAGUGCCAGAAGAGAAGAUGAUCUUGAUACACUUCACCAAACUAGACAUAGAGAGCCAAGUUGGAUGUGACUGUGAUUACAUGUCCCUCUAUUCAAACAGAAGAGAGCUAAUCAGUAAGGUCUGUGGGGAUGUGCUACCAGUGCCUCUGCUGAUAGAGUCAGACAGAGCCACCAUCAGGUUUGUUUCUGACGGAGGCAACGCUGGCCGUGGUUUUGAGCUUGCCUUCACAGCUGUUCAUAAGGAAUCUGAAGGAGGUUCAGGCUGUGGGAGUGUGGCAAUGUUAGUGGAAGAGGGGAAGACUGAUACUGCUAAUUACCCUGGCUUGUAUCCCAGGAACACAAAGUGCCACUGGCUCAUUGAGGCUCCAGUAGAGUCUAUCGUAAAGCUGGAGUUUGAAGACUUUGCUGUUGAACUGAGCCCAGGCUGUAUUUAUGAUGCAGUUACUGUUUACAGUGAUGCAGAAGAGGAAAACCAGUUGGAUGCCUGCAGACUUCCCAUGGUUACUCCCAAAUGGCUGUUCAAACGUCUUACUGGGGGCAAAGAGGCCUGCCCCCACUGCUGGCCUUGGCAUGGGGCCUUGAAGCUCCUUGGAGACUACUGGUGUGAUGGGGUUGUUGUCAGCCCCAUGUGGCUGCUGACAGCUGCCCACUGUGUGCAGCUAUCCAAUAAACCCUUUCACUGGACUGUGACAGCAGGAGACCAUGACAGAGCCCUGAGAGAGUCAACAGAACAGAUGAGGUGGGUAAAAACCAUCGUGGUUCAUCCCAGUUUUGACAUAGUGAGCUGUGACUCUGUUUCCCUGGUUCAACUAGAUGUCCCUCUGGAGUACAAUGCUGCUGUGAGGCCAGUGUGUUUGCUCAACAGCUCUGUGCCCUUAUCUUCCUCUUCCCUCUGUGCUAUGUCUGGAUGGGAGAUCACUGAAGAAGGUGGAAGAGCUAGACAAGUGCAGCAGACACAGGUUCCUGUACUUGAGAAUGAAGUCUGUGAGAGAAACUACUACUUAAAUCACCCUGGACGGAUCACAGCUAGAAAGCUUUGUGCAGGCUUUGUUUCUGCUGGAGGGCAGGACUCUUGCCAGGGCGGUUCUGGUGGCCCUUUGGUUUGCAACAAGGAAAACGGACCAUUUAUUCUUUAUGGCCUUGCUAGCUGGGGAAUUGGCUGUGCCAGGCCAGGGAAACCGGGAGUCUAUUCAAGGGUGAGGACUUUUCUGGACUGGAUAAGACUAACAAUGAAAGCUGAAACAGACUUCCUGGGAGAGCAAACGCAACUGUGUACAUGCAAGAAGCUGGAGGAGUAG